UGGAAGGCUGGAGUUUGAAAACAUGGACUAUAUAAUUUCAGCCAAUUUUGGCCAGGCCUUUAAGUGAAGUUCCCAAAACUAGUUCAUUAUUGAAGUUGUUGAUGUAUUUCUUUAUUUUUGCUUUAAAGUGAAUGCUUUUUACAACGAUAUUUCAUAGUCCCAUAACAAACCUACAGUAUUUCAUAAUAAUGUAAUUUAUUGCUGAAUUCACUAUCUAGGCUGCAGUACCUACGUCACACUGAUUAACGAAGAAAACUCCAGUACCCACAAGCCCCUUCUUCCGCUGCCGUAGCGCGCACCCCUGCCGAGUUUGCUUACGUCAUGGCUGGAACUGCCCUGUCACGCGCUGUUAGUAAAAGUUGGGAUAGCAGCUCGAGUCAAAGAGAGAGCGCGAGGCGAGUUCGCGGACAGCCCCUCCACGAGCGUGUUGACAAACAGCGGCGAGUUUCCUCCGCGCGCGCCACCGCGUCCGGGCUAUUGCAAAGUUUGUCGGAUCUGCGCGCACCGAGGCUCUCUACACGCUCGCGAGUCCGGACCGUCAUCCGGAGAGCGUCGGGAAAGCUCGCGCUCCGCCAGCCGCGCGGAUCCUCUCCGGCGUCGCGCCGAAGUUUGGGCUUCCUAGCCGGUAAAUGUGGUGACGCUGUCGCGUGCUCGGCGACAGUCGGCGCGGAGAGACGGGAGCGCUCGAGCCGCCAGACCCGAUGACAACUGCCAACUGCAGCGGGAAUGAGGAGCUGGACUUCAGGCUGAUGUUUGACGAGGACGGACAGCACGCGCCGCUAGGCCCCGCAGAUCUGGAGUCGGAUGACAACACGUCUUUCUACAUCCUGAACGUGGGUCAGCCUCCGUCGGUGGUGAGUCAGUCACUGGGAGUCCACAGGCAUGGAGUCCAGCCGCACGCCCAGCUCCGCUGCCCUUCUCUGCUACAGCCUGUUCACAAGCCCUAUGAGCUCAGCUACCAGCCCCAGGACUCCAAAUACCCCCCUAUGGGAGGCGAAGGGGCAUGUAGGGGUGGAGGGGGACCGCCAAAAGCCUUCGAAUGCCCCAGCAUCCAGAUCACCUCCAUCUCGCCGAGCUGCCAGCAAGAGAUGGAUGUGAGCGGGGACGAAAUGAGGGCCAAGGGCGCGGACGGAGACUUCCGGGAGAGACCCUUGUCUCGAGACCACCUGUACCUCCCGCUGGAUCACUCGUACCGGGACUCGUCGCUGAGCCCGAGUCCCUGCAGCAGUUUGUCCUCACGCAGCUGGUUCUCGGACGCCUCGUCCUGCGAGUCCGUCUCGCACGUGUACGACGACGUGGACUCGGAGCUGAACGAGGCAGCGGCGCGGUUCACGCUAGGCUCGCCCCUCGCCUCGCCCGGCUGUUCGCCCCAGGGCGGCCCGCUGGAGGAGCGGUGGCAGCAACAACAACAACAACAACAACAACAGCAGCAGCAGCUCCACCACCACCACCCGGCCUUUGCCCACGCGAUCUCCCACCCUCCCAGCCACUCCCUGUCACCUUGCCACUCACCUCGCAACAGCGUCACCGACGAGAACUGGCUCAGCCCCCGGCCGCCGUCACGGCCGUCCUCUCGCCCCACCUCACCCUGCGGCAAGAGACGGCACUCCAGCGCAGACAUCUGCUACUCGGGGUCGCCACACCACUCCCCGACCCCCACGCCUGGCCCCUCACCCAGGGGCAGCAUCACUGAGGACACCUGGAUCGGGAGCCCCUCGGUGGGAAUGCCUCCUUUCCAGUGCUGCUCCUCGGAUGCUGACAUCCCUUCCAAGACCAGGAAGACCUCCCAGGACCGCUCGGCCGGGACGCAGCCCGGGAAGGGUGAGCUUACCCUGGAUGACUCGGGGAGCGUGUCCCCGCUCCUGGACUCCCCAGCGGAGGAGGUCAUACCUGGCCUGAAGAAAGAUGGUCCAGGAGAGCAGUUCCUGUCUGUCCCCUCUCACUUCACCUGGAACAAGCCCAAACCAGGACACACACCCAUAUUCAGGACGUCAUCCCUGCCUCCCCUGGACUGGCCUUUACCCAGUCAGUACGGUCAGUUUGACCUGAAGAUUGAGGUGCACCCCAAAGCACACCACAGGGCGCACUACGAGACCGAAGGGAGCAGGGGAGCUGUCAAGGCAGCCUCCGGCGGACACCCCGUUGUCAAGCUCAUCGGCUACAGCGAGAAGCCCGUGAACCUGCAGAUGUUCAUUGGCACGGCGGACGACCGCUACCUGAGGCCGCACGCCUUCUACCAGGUGCACCGCAUCACGGGCAAGACGGUGGCUACAGCCAGUCAGGAGGUCAUGAUCGCCAGCACCAAGGUGCUGGAGAUUCCUCUCCUUCCCGAGAACAACAUGUCUGCCAGUAUUGACUGUGCUGGGAUUCUGAAGUUGAGGAACUCUGACAUUGAGCUGAGAAAAGGAGAGACUGACAUUGGGCGUAAAAAUACGCGCGUGCGUGUGGUGUUCCGAGUGCACAUCCCACAGCCCAAUGGAAAAGUGAUCUCUUUACAAGCUGCCUCUAUCCCUGUAGAAUGCUCCCAGCGUUCAGCACAGGAGUUACCUCAGGUCGAGAAGGUUGGUUUAACCAGUUGCCCUGUGAGCGGAGGAGAGGAAAUGGUCAUCACAGGUUCCAAUUUCUUCACAGAGUCAAAGGUCAUCUUCCUGGAGAAGGGCCCUGACGGACGGCCACAGUGGGAGGUAGAGGCGAAGAUUCUUCGUGAGAAGACUCAAGGAUCGAGCCUGGUUUUGGAGGUGCCUCCGUACCAUAACAAGAACAUAACCAGCGCCGUCCAGGUCCAGUUCUACGUAUGCAACGGGAAGCGGAAAAGGAGCCAAUCGCAACGAUUCACCUACCUGUCAGUUCUGGUUAAGCAGGAGCACAGAGAUGACUUAGACCCCCCUGCCGUGACGCCAAUGCCCAUGCCCCCUGGCACAUGCUGCCAGCCUAGUCCGUUCUCAGCCUCUACCUUCCCGGAGCACUCCCACCCACAGGACGGCCUUCUGUCCAGCUCCCCGCACACCCCGGCCCGCCUGCACUCACUCCAGGGCCCCUGCGGUCCCGUCGGGGCCCCCACCUUUUCCCACCUGACUCACCUGCAGGCUCAAGGACUCCACCCACCUCCAGAAUGCCAGAUGCCCUUCCACCCAGGUCCCACACCCACCUCCCUCCCAUCCUAUCCCCCUCUCCAGCAUAGCCUGCCCUUCAACGGUCAGCCGAGCCUCCCCAUGCCCACCGGCCCUCCGCAGCCCUACGACCGUGCAUCCUACCAAUCCGACCCGGCCGGGUGUCACUCCCUGGGGAUGAGCAUGGUGUACGGUGCCCCUGUAUCGGCGCCCGCCUCCGGAGCACCCGUUACGGCGCCUGCCUCAAACAGCGGCCAGCUGGUGGCUCGCUCCUCCCUGCACCUCCACUCCCUGGGCUACCCCUGCCCUGCCCCGGGUCUCGUCCCCUCACCUGCCCACGCCCUGGGGCAACCGGGGACACAGCUCCAGCGCUCACUGGGCUACCACCCGGUCGGGCAGCGCUCUGCCUCCUGCCCGGCACCGUCCAGUGGCCCAGCCCGCGUGGUGGCUUCGCCCCACUCGGGACCGUCCUCGCCGCAGCUCCACUCGCUGCCCUACCGCUCUCCCACAUCACCGUCUCCCACCAGCAGCCCUCUGGGACCUCUGUCCCAUUCGGGCCAGCCUUCGCCCCAGGCUAGCAGCCCUGUUCUGGCCGUGCCUGUGGCAGCGCCCCUGGUGCUCCCUCUGGCCCAGCCAGCUCCUUUCCCUGCCGAGGGGGAGAGCCUGAACAUUAAACAGGAGCCAGAGGACCGAGAGCUCACCUUCCGGUCCAUUGGCCUGCAGGACAUUACAUUAGAUGAUGUGAAUGAGAUCAUCGGCAGAGAUAUGUCACAGGCCCCGGGGGCUCGUGGGCCUUCAAGCGCACAUGGUCAGUCCUAGUCCGACGUCUGCUGCUUCUCAUACAGGCAGUGGAGCACUGCUGGAGACCUGGGGAGCUUCCAUCCGCACGUCCUGCCAGACCGGACCGGACCGUAGGCCUGCAGACAUCCAGCCAAGCCCCCACUCCACACCAGGACCCAGAAGGCAUCACGCAGAAAACGGUCAGCCACUUGUGACGGGGUUGGAAGAAGACUUUGAGGAAGAGAGACAGAGAGAAAGAGAGAGAGAAAAGAGAUUUCACACGACUACAAACAAAGCCACAGGAUAAUAUCGCUUUGUGGGUGUUAUUGUACUGCUCCGAUUUGCGUACAUUGAAUAAGUAAAAGAUUCUUGCUCUCUCGACUUGCUGUUCUAGGAGUUGUUCUCAGGCUGUUUUCUUCAAAUGGUGAAGAUGUUUUGGAUCUCAGCCAUCUUAGGGCAAGACCAAGCAGUGCAGUGCUUGAACCUUGAGUAAGUGUGUGCGAUACAGACCCUCAGCUGGACAGGUCAGAGUGGCAGACGCGUGUGGGCACUGUUCUGGGGUCGAGCCAAACAAAACGAAAUGGGAUUCGAGAGCAAGUGAUGCACCAGCCUAGACGCUUCUUUAAAUAAGAGUGGUUUCAGUGGCGCCCUCUGGAGGAGAAGCGGGAGUGCUGCUGAUGUGUUAAUAAUAUGCAACAUUCCACACACUUCGUGUCCUUUUUGAGUUGUAGAUAAACUGUUGAAUGAUCACCCUUUCUCCUCUUCAGGUUGAACAAAUGCCUUAUAAACCUAGCAGCUUGGAUUGACUGAAAAAUGCUUUUAGCACAGAUAUUAUUUUGGUGUGAAGUUGAAUUUUGUGCCGAGGACACAACGUCUGAAUCAAAUCUGUGUGUUUUACAUGUAGAGUUAGCCGUUCUAGAUAUUCUGUAAGCGAUAUGGUGUGUCAGCGCAAGGUGUACAAACCAAGUCAAAUGCUUUCCGAAGAGUUGGUGUGUACUUCUGAAGAGAUGCACAUAGAUGAUGGACUAGGAACAUGAACGUAUGCUCAAGUCACCGCUAGAGUCCACGUCCCUACUAAGAACUCCAGUUAGAUCCAGUUAACCUUCUCUGAUUAACGCCCACCCACCCCCACCCCCAUGUGCCUUUCAGAUGAAGUCGUGCGCCGAGCCAGGACAGGAACGCGUAGACUUUUUUUAUGUGCAGUUUUACAAGGUGGCCAAAGCGACACGAUUGGAAAGCUCUUUCUCGGCGUCCAGAAAAAGGCGGCAUUUUGACAAUCAAAAGCUAAACCUCCAGCGCACUUUCCUAAAAACCAGGGAGUUUAAGGUUUCCCUUCUCAUCCCAAAUGGACAUUCAAAUGCAUGAAAUGAAAACAAAUUUUUAGAUCCACAAAAAUCUUUGUAAAUCUUUAGUUGAACACUCCUGAAAAUAUAAUUACACUUUGAAAGUUGCAGAAAAUAAAGAAGGUCUCUCUUUGGUUGUAAAUCCACGUACAGUCGUUGUUUAAGGUUAAAUAUGAACAUAUGCCAAGUACACCCCUACCUAAGGGAAGCUUCAGAGGGCAAAGAUUUGUGGAGCACAUUUGCAUGGGGUCUGGUGUCGAUGAAAUGAUCAGUAAUACACAUUAGGUGCUAUCUUUCGGUUAGAAACGUAGUUAUAACUAUGUACCUGGGGUUUGACAGAAACAAAUCUAUGAAGAAUUGUAUAGGAUUCUUGCCUUAAAACUUGCUUUGAUUUGAAAGUAAUAACUAUUUGUGUAUAUUUUUCUAUUUUAAGGAAACUGGUACAGCCACUUUGUUUUUGCUUCUUCUUUUUGGGUCUUUGAGCCUUUAGUGGUUUUAAUGAUGAUUUGGUUGUUUUAAGUUGACAAAUUAAAUGAAAAAAGGAAAAAAAAAAGGUCUGCUAUGCACUAAAAACCUGCCUGUUGCCUUUGAAAAUAAUUAAAUAAAAAAAAGAAAACCUUGAUGCCUCUAGACAUAGAUGCUAUAGAGAAGCUAACUGUAGAAUAGCUUGUCAGACAUCCUGCAUUGGUGUGUGUUUGUGUGUGUACGUGCUUUUGUGUAUACCUACCUUUUAAAGGACUAGAGCAAGCAACCGUCUUAAGUGUGUGUGUGUGUGUCUGAGAGAGAGUGAGUGUGUGUGUGUGUGUGUGUAAGCACAAUUAAUGGUGAGUAUCCAAUAAGCUGUAUAUAACAUUUAACAAAAAUCAUGGUUUUUUUUUUGUUUGGUUGGUUUUUUUUGUGGCGAGAGGGUUGCUCAGAGACGUUUAGGUUAUGCAAGGACAGGAAUAUAGUAGCGCAAUAUUUGGCAUCAAAAUAACAGAUUUCUUUGUUAUUCAGCUCUUGCUAAAAUAAACUAUAAAUAUAUAUGUGCAUUGUUUUGUGGUCUAUGUAAACACUUAUAGUGACAGUUGAUUUCCAAGCCACUUUUCACUAUUUAAUUUCAACUAUACAGUAGGAAAAAGCCUUACCUUGUGUUUGACAUGCAGAUGUGUUGAUGUUGAAAUGUUUGAAUUUGAUUUAAGAGUAGCUUUUUAAAUUCAACUGCAAUAAGAGGGCAGAAUGCUGUACUGGGAUUUAGAACCAGUGCCCUAACGAACACCUGCUCAUGGUCCUGACCUUCACACCAAAGACCCAACAAUGUUUUCCCAUUUUACAUACAGAUGACAACACAAACUCGACAACUAUUUUAAGUAUAUUUUUGAUACUUUGAAAUGAAAUGAUGGAUGUCAUUCCUAAAGUUUGUGUGUGUGUGUGUGUGUGUAAUACAGGUUUCGCUGCUGUUUACAGAGCCUUGUAUUGUCAUUUCUUGUACAUUUUGUAUUUUAAAUCUUUUGUAAUUUUUAAGACUGCAGUGCGUUUUGAAAUUAUGCAAAGGGAGUUCCUUGUAUUGCAGGCUCUUCUGCAUCAAUAAAAACCAAACC